UGUGCGCAUGCGCACGAAAGAGGUUGUAGGUUAAGGCAUGAGCUGGCAGGAAGAAGUAUGAGCAACGCAGUUAUAAUACUAGAAUAAAGAAACAAAUCAACUUGAUUAAUGAAGACUUAGUAGUAUAGUUAGUUUUCUACAAAUUUGUAGAUAUAUAUAUAAUAUACAAAAUGUCUAAGCGCAAUGUAUUCGCGUCUGGUUUCCCCUUUUUGCACGAUGGUGCUAGAUUACCGAUUUACGAUCCAAUGGGGAGCCCAUUCAAUGCAAGACUUCCACAAUGCGAUUUUGUACUAAAUGCCCUGGGAUAUAAUUAUGGUCUUGAUUACUCUGAUCAUUAUGAGGAUUUGACUGAUGAUGAUGAUGACGACGACGAUGAUUAUAGCAGGCAAAACAAUGGAUAUUGUGGCUUUGCCGAAAACUUUCUAGAUAAAAGGGUUUCCAAACAGCUGUCAGCAAUACCACAUUAUAAAACAGUCAAAAGAGUCACACCUGAGGAGGCUGCAAAAAAUGCUAAAGAACUUGUAGCUGAAGAGGAAAAACUUAAAGAAAAAGCAGAAAAGAAAAAAAAGAAGAAAUUGAGGCAGCGAGAGAGACGUCGUUUAGAAAAAUUAGAAAAGGAGAAUGGGAAUAAAGAUGGUGCCAAACAGAAUGCUGCUGCUGUUCCUGAUAAAUCCCAGCCUUCCGAAAGUGAAAAUAAGGAAAAAACAAAUAAUGGUGUACCUCCAGACCCUGGUCCUAAGUGCAGUUCGAUAGCUUCAGAAAGCAGUGACAGUUGCAAUGAAGAUGAUGGUGAUGACAAUGAGAGCAUAAUUGAUGAACUGGAGCUUGAUAUGAGUAGCUGCUUUGUGAACAACGCAGCAGCAAUCGCAAAACGCAAACUUGAGCAGAAAACUAAAUCUGACAGGAAAGACAAAAAAGCUGAAAAUGUCAAGAUUCCUGGGACAACACAUAAAAGUACAACAGAGCCCCUGAUUAAGAAUGUUGAUGAAAAGGCAUCAGAGGAGCCAGUAAAGGACAAUGUUACAAAGAGCAUGGAGCUGGCAGUGAUUGGUAAUAAAUAUGCUCAAAUAGGAGAUUUGGAUACGGCGGUGAAGUUCUUUACAGAUGCUAUAAAGCACAAUCCUCAAGAGGUUAAGUUGUUUGGAAAUCGCUCCUUCUGUUAUGAGAAAAUGCAACUGUAUGAGAAGGCUUUAAUAGAUGCUGAUAUUGCUCUUUCCCUUGACCCAACAUGGAUUAAAGGACUCUACCGGAAAGGAAAAGCAUUAGUUGGGCUAAAGAGAUAUUAUGAGGCUGGUUUGACCUAUAAAAAAGUUUUAAAGAUUGACAGCUCCUGUACCGAUGCUGCUCAAGAGCUCAUGCGGGUACAAAUAAUGCAGUUGAUGGAUAUGGGAUACACUAGAGAGCAAAGUUCAAAUGCUCUGAUCAUACAUGGAACAGUAGAAAAGGCUUUAGAGGCUCUCUCUGGUUUACACGCUAAUAUAGCAGGAUCACGUGUACAUGUUGAGGAGUUAAGUUACUCUCCAGAAAGAAAUCCUCAACCUGUGAAAGUCCCACUAAGAACCAUCCCCCAGAAUCCACCUAAAGUCAGCACAGCUGUACCGGCUACUGCCAGAGAGCUGUUUCCAAUCUGGGUUGGGGAUCUUGUGCCUGCUUUAUCAGAAACAAAGCUCUAUGAGCUCUUCAGCAAUUUUGGGACAGUCCAUAGUGUAAGACUAUUGUCAAUGAAACGCUGUGCUUUUAUCAACUACACCAACAAGGAGGACUGUGAGACCGCCAUCAAAAAGAUGAAUGGCUUUUGCAUUGCUGGGACAUGCCUUGUAGUUCGUUACCCUGACAGAAUCCACACACAUCUUGGUGUAUCCAAAGCUGCGACAACAGAUGCAGGAAAAGUCAAUAAGUUUCCUGAUGAGUGUUUUUUCUGGAGAACUACAGGCUGUAUCAAGAAUAACCGGUGUUCCUACAGACAUGUACCAGAACACAAGGGCAUCGAUCGGCCAAAAGUGAAAUGAUGAGCGGACACGGAAAUGCUUUCAGGGCGACUAACAUCAGUUCAAAUAGUACUCAGAACACAGCUAUUAAUAACCUAAACAAGUAUACACAAUUUAUAAUUAUUGUAACAGGUGAUUAACUGGUUAAAAUCAAUUUAUAUUCCUUGUAGUUUAAAUUUACCUUCACUAGAAAGGUUACAUUUGGUUCUCUUUGCUUUUUUUUUAAAUCCUUGUAUGAAUGAUGGUUACUACAACCAUUAUUUUUACUAAAGAUUCAUACUACUGUUGUCUUAAAGAGGAAAGUUUUGGGACUUGGGUUAAUCCUAAGUACUAAGUCAGAGCUGUUUUCAUGCACAUCUUAAUGUAUUUUAUUUACUUGAUUGCUAAAACUUGCAGGAGGCAUAUUAAUACUAUGAUCUAUUGCUAUUUUUUUAUCAAGUGUAAUAAACAACCAGUAUGGUU